UCGGUUUAAAAGAAAAAAGAGGCUGACGCUUCUCUCUCUCUCUGUAAUUGAAAACCGCCUUCCUCGAACAAACGACUGAAACCUCUCAGAAAGAAGCCCUAAAAUCUUCCCCACUCCACUCCUCCAGUUCUCCUCCUCCGCCGUAGAAGCCCCAUAUCCAUGUCUUUCUCUCUCCUUCCUCUUCAUAUAUAAGAAACCCCCUUACUUUUCUCCAUUUUAGUCCAUCUCUCUCUCUCAUUGUUAUUCCCUCUUAUCUCAAUUCUGUGAUUUUCUCAAGGCAGGAGGUUUGCUGAUUCUUCUUUAUUUUCGGAAGUUUUUGACCUCUACUCUUAGUCAAUGUCUACUCCUCUGGAUAUGUCUCUUAAUGAGGUGAUAAAGAGCAGCAGGGGUAGUGGUAAUCGUGAUAGAGUUAGAGAAAGGGGUAGGACCCGCCGUGGCCGUGGACCACGUGGGUUCUUUAGUGGUGGAAGAAUGACUGGGCCGGUUCGUAGGAACCCUCUCGCUGUGAAUGCGCAACCAUCUCCUUACACCAUUGCCAAGUCCUCCCGCAGAACCAAGAGUUUCCCAUGGCGACAUGAUUUGUUUGAAGAUAGUAUUAGAGCCGCAGGGAUAACAGGCAUUGAAAUUGGCACAAAAUUAUAUGUUUCCAACUUGGACUAUGGAGUGACAAAUGAGGACAUAAGGGAACUGUUCUCUGAGAUUGGAGACCUGAAAAGAUAUGCAGUUCAUUAUGACAAAACUGGUCGUCCAAGUGGUUCAGCUGAAGUGGUGUAUACCAGACGAAGUGAUGCAUUUGCAGCAUUGAAGCGGUACAAUAAUGUGCUAUUGGAUGGGAAGCCAAUGAAAAUCGAGAUUGUUGGUGCCAAUGGAGAAAUGCCUAUUUCUGCUCGUGUGAAUGUAGCUGGAGUGAAUGGAAGGAAGAAGAGGACUGUGGUUAUGACGUCUGGACCUGGACACAUUGGUGGCUCUGCGUUGGUUAAUCGUGGUUCCGGUGCUGCUGGAUUUUCCAGUCAGAGGGGUCGUGGUGGACCAAGGAGUGGCCGUGGUCGUGGUGGAGGAAGACGAGGACGUGGACGUGGACGUGGACGUGAUCGUGACCGUGGUCGUGGUCGCGGCGACGGCGGUAGCGGCGGCGGCAGUCGUGGAAAGAAACAUGUUGAGAAGUCUGCAGAUGAGCUUGACAAGGAAUUGGAUAACUACCAUGCGGAGGCAAUGCAAACAUCCUGAAGUUUUAGGCUGCGAAACUUGUUGCUAGUAUGGAUCAAAUAUUUAGAUAUGAUAGCUGUACAAAGUUGCCAUUGCUGUUGGUGCAUUUGACUCGUGGCUUUCGGUGGUUUUCAUUCUAGAUAAAAGUAAAAGUUUUUUAGGGGUAAAAAUGAAGCUGUUGGGUUAUUUUCAAAUGAUGGUUUGCUCUCGGGCGUUUUUCGGGUGUGUAUUAUCUUCAUGCUUUCAUUGUUCUAUUCAUAUUAUUUUUAUUUAGGUAAAAAGUUUGAGUUAAA